AUGUCGAGAAUAACUUGCAGUCAAGUGGAAACUCAUCAAAGAAAGCAAAGCGAUGUUACAACAACCGCGAAUAUUCCACUUGGAUACAGAGUACAUCAACAAUCUUCCAGUGGUUAUCAAGAGCACCUAAGUCAAUGCAGUUGUGGUGAUAUUCGUAUGCUUGAAUUUAACCAAGAAACUAAAAUAUUUGAUGCACUUAAACCAACAGCUAAAGGGAGGCAACUUGGGAAGUUUCUUCCAAGUAUUGAGUCUGAAGAGAAAACUGACAAAAUAAUUUUAAUAAAUAGAAUUCAAGACUACAUUAAGCGAGGUAUGACAGCGUACGAGGAAGAUAUCAAUACUCGAAGAGAGAAGUUACGUGCCAUGAUUCAAGCAGAGGAAGCUGAGUUGACACAGGAGCUCGUCAAUCAAGCUCAUCGAUGCCAAGCCUCUAGGGACAGAGAAUUAAGGAAGGACAUUGAUGAACAGAGAAUACGAGAGGAAGAACGUCAGCGUAUGCUGGUAGCAGCUUUAAAGAAAAGACAACAGCUACUGGAAAGAUGUCCUGAAGUCAGGGAUAAAAUUUCACGAGAAAUGACCCGAGGUGUCAAGUAUUCCAACCUCGCACAGAUAUUGGAGAAGUCCUCUCGCUUAAGAGAGGAAAAGCAACUGGAUACUUUGUGGCACGAGAUCAUGUUGAGGAAUAGUGAGAAUCAACGUCGCAAAGAAGAGGAAGACCGCAGAAAGCGUCGAGCUAUUGACAAAGACACAAGUCGCAUUUUGGAACAGCAAAUAGCUCGAAGAUUGUAUUCUAGAGAAGAAACACGUCGUGAGCGUGAGCAGGAGAGACAAGAGCAUGAACAUCUUCGAGCUCAAGUAAGGGCCGAAGAAGAGCACAACUUAACGCAAAAGCAGACAAAACGCGAGCAACUCAAGAGGGACUUAGAAGAGCAACUGAUGUUAGCAAGGAGACGUCUUGCUGAGAGCGCUCGUCAGGAAUCUGAAACUGCACGAAAGCUCAAGGUUGAAAGUGAGGUACAGUUGAAACAGGAAAAAGAACAGAUCGCGAAAUCUGCUGAAAGUUUUAAGAGAGAAAUGACGGCUUAUAUGAAGAGUUUAGCAGAAUUGAGGGCACAAGAAGCAAAAAGAGAUGCUGAAGCUAGUGCGAUUAUUGAGCAAUCUGCUAAAGAUGCUCAAGCUAGACGAGAUUUUGCUAUUAAAAGAGACAAAGAAAAGAAAGAAAGUAUUUUUCAAGAAUUUAUUGCUGAAAGGAAAAAUCAAUUGAAGGUUAAAAGAGAAAUUGAACAGGAGCGAGAAAAACUCUUGAAGGAAGAACAAGAAAUAAAUAAAAAAAAUACUGAACUUGAUGCUGCUGCAUGUUUCGCUGAAACUAGAAGAAAACGCGAAAAGGCAUUGCAAUAUAGACUCGAGCUACAAGCUCAACUUGAGAAUCAACGAAUGACGAAAUGUAAAGAUCUCAAAGAGAAUGCAGAAAAAUAUCAGAAUAGUGUGAAAGAAGAAGAAGAAAAAUAUCAAGAGCUCAGUCAAGAAUUACUUGGUACAUCAAAAAUUAUUACACCAAAUGCAUUCAAAACUAUGCAAAAAUGUGCAAUACUUUCAAAUCCUCAACGAAGAACUCAUCUUGUCUGGCGCGUGAAUUCUUCGCGAAUCCAAUAUCUACCAGAAUAAGAUUGCCUAAUGCAAUGCACCAAUCGUUGUGCUCAGCACAUCUCUAUCCUUGGCAUUCAGCCACGAUAUGCGUGUGCUGCUACUGAAUUUUAUUCACGAUACAAAUGUGACUCACUCUAUAAUACAACAUUUCUGUUUAAAUAA